AAACCUAACAAAAUUGUUUCUUUCGACAUAUCCGACCCUAUCAUAGACUACUAUUUCUUUCCAAGUCGCGGUUUGCUCUUAUGCCGGUCAUGUCCAGCGGGCAUAUGCCAUUCUUUUCUCCCCUCCCUCCCUCCCUCCCCCUCUCUCGGGAGCCUCACCAAGAUCGAGACCCCGCUGCUCUAGUCAAAGCCUGCCUCUUAUUUUUACGGAUUCACAUGACUUGUCUGUCUGUUGAUUCAUCGACAGGCAUCCUCCUACCAGCUAUUACAAGAAGCUGAGUGACAGACAGGGAGACGGGAGCGAUGGCUGGGGGCUUUGUUGGUGGUGAGUUGGGCAGGAGAGCAGAGCUGUACGAGGGUAGGAUCACCGGCUACUUCAUAUUGGCAUGCGUCGUGGGAUCCCUCGGAGGAUCCCUCUUUGGUUACGAUCUCGGCGUAUCCGGUGGAGUGACUUCCAUGGACGACUUCUUGAAGGAGUUCUUCCCCCGUGUCUACCGGAGAAAGCAAGCACAUCUUCAUGAAACCGACUACUGUAAAUACGACAAUCAAGUGUUGACUCUCUUCACGUCCGCCCUCUACUUCGCGGCACUCGUCUCCACUUUUGGAGCCUCGCCGGUGACCAGGAAAUACGGAAGAAGGAUCAGCAUCAUGUGUGGUUCGGUCAGCUUCUUCCUCGGCGGAGCUAUCAAUGCAGGAGCAGUCAACAUCUUCAUGCUAAUCGUCGGCCGAAUAUUACUUGGAAUUGGCAUCGGAUUUGGAAAUCAGGCUGUUCCCCUCUAUCUUUCGGAGAUAGCGCCACCGAAGAUCCGAGGGGCGGUCAACCAAUUGUUCCAGCUGACCACCUGCUUGGGUAUAUUGGUAGCUGACAUCAUCAACUACUUCACAGAAAAGCUUCACCCAUGGGGAUGGAGACUCUCCCUUGGCCUCGCCACGGUGCCGGCGACGCUGAUGUUUGUGGGCGGUGUCUUCCUUCCCGAAACCCCCAACAGCCUCGUCGAACAAGGCAAGCUAGACGAAGCAAGAUUAAUACUGGAAAAAGUAAGGGGGACCAAGCAGGUGGAUGCAGAGUUUGAGGACCUAAAGGAGGCCAGCCAAGCAGCGCGAGCGGUGAAGCAUCCCUUCAGGAACCUCCUCGAGCCAAGAAAUCGUCCCCAGCUCGUUAUAGGAGCUCUUGGCAUUCCUGCGUUCCAGCAGCUAUCCGGAAUGAACUCGAUUCUAUUCUAUUCUCCCGUGAUCUUUCAGAGCCUGGGCAUGGGCUCCGGGGCUUCUCUCUAUUCGUCCAUCAUAACGAGCUCUAUGCUUGUGAUCGGGGCACUCGUCUCCAUGUCGGUCGUCGAUAGGAUGGGAAGGAGAUUCUUGUUCAUCGAAGCUGGCAUUCAGAUGAUAACCUCCAUGGUAAUCGUCGCUAUAAUUCUUGCACUAAAAUUCGGUCAUGGGGUGAUGCUCCCCAAAGGAUUGGCUGUGAUCCUGGUGAUCGCAAUCUGUGCCUUCGUGGUGGCCUACGGAUGGUCCUGGGGACCUCUUGGUUGGCUGGUUCCGAGCGAGAUCUUCCCUCUGGAGACGAGAUCGGCAGGUCAAAGCGUUGUGGUGUGCGUCAACAUGUUCUUCACCGCCGCGAUCGCUCAGUGCUUCCUUGCCAUGCUUUGCCAUAUGAGGUGGGGUGUCUUCAUCCUCUUUGCUGGCUUGAUUGUGAUCAUGUCCUCGUUCGUCAUCUUGCUUCUACCCGAAACCAAGCAAGUUCCGAUCGAAGAGAUGUCACGGCUUUGGGAGAAGCAUUGGUUCUGGAAGAGCAUCGUCGCCAGAAAUCCUGCCUGAGAGCCAACAGCAGGUCUCCAGAUGAUUUAGAGUUUGGUUUACGUUUUAGAUGGGUGAACACACACACACCUAUGUUAUUUUCAUCUUUCAAGCUGUUGAUGAAGCAAACAGCAAAGAUAGGAAUAACUCCAAUUACCUGUUGUUGUUGUUGUUGUUGUUAUUGCAAAUCAAUCAAGUUUCCACUAAA